GUUUUUUCAAAAUCCAUAAUCUUUGGUGCUCUCCCAUAUUUUACCUGCUUAGGCCUACGAAUUUAAUAACAGAACUAACUAAGCAAAUUUUUUUUGCAGUACAACUUUCAAUACUGGUCCAGCUACCAACUGCAGUAUGGAGACAAUGUCAGCGGAUUAUGAAGUCAGUGGGGAGGGUUUAAGAGAAGCAAUAAAAAAUGGUGAUGUGAGUGCGGCAAAGAAGCUCCUAAAUCAGGGAGUUGAUGCAAAUUACCUUGACAAGCGAGGAUCAUCAUUGUUACAUCUGGCGGCUGUAUUCAAUCGAACUGAAAUAGCAUUUGCCCUCAUGGAGAGUGGAGCUAGUUUGUACUGCAAAAAUUCACAAGGUGAAACACCACUGGAUUGUGCUCCUGCCACAUUGCAAUUCAAGAUGAAAAAGAAGAUGGAAGAGGGUGGGCAGUAACUUUUCAUCCGAAAGCAACACUUCUCCAAAUCAGGCUACAAGAAGUUCAAAGAAGGGUGAACUCUAUCCUAUUUGUGUGUCAUAUCUUUGUACCCUAGCAAACGGCUACAAUAAGAUGUCAGCAGUUUCAAGGAAAUAAUCUGUCCUUUUUAUGUGUGUCAUAUAUUUGUACUUACGCAAUAGACGACUCAGUUUCAGUUUCUUGGUUAAUCUCGUAUUGACGUUACCUUAAGUUUACGACUGCUGGGAGUGGUUCUUUUCAAAAUUAUCCUCCACCUACCAUAUCAAGAUUUCCUAGUUUUCUCA